AUGAUGUGGCACAAGCCUUUGACAGCGUCGGGUCGCAGUGCACUUGCCUUAAACAUGCUGGACAUCGAAGCUUGCAAUGCCUUUAACACGGAGUCCACAUGGUACACCGUGCACCUUCUCCAGACCGUGGACGCGAAGGGAGAGCAUUACUUCAAAGUCGGGCGGACGCGCUCCUCCUGCUUGCAGCAGCGUUUCCAUUCCUAUCAGAUGGAGUUGCUUGCCGUGGAGCCGAAGCUGUCUCUUGUCUGUGCGCUUCAGAUCUGCUUGAUGUCUUCAAGCUUGCACGCCAUACAGUUUGAGGGCAGGAUUCACAAGAUUAUGUUGGCACACAAGCCUGAGCUGCUUCUAGGAGCACGUGAAAAAACAAGGGAGAUCUACUUCGUCGAUGCAUUACCGUACCUCAAGGCUCUGUUCAUAGAGACGGCGGCUAUGGGCAAGGACGAGUUUCUCGCCGAGAUGGCACAGCGCAAAGUCACAACAAAAGUUUUCUCAGGUGGCAUCAUAAGCACAAGCAUUCCGGAUGACGCAACCGAGGCCGAAGAGACCGAGUAA